AUGUCCUGGAGCCUCCAAGGCGUGGACGGAAACCUAUCCGGUUCAGAAGAACCAUUGAAUAACAGUGAUCUAGUGAAAGACUCGUUAACAAACAGCUCUAAUAUAAGCUUCAGUGAUCAACCAUUUAGCGAAGAGUUGCACACACCCGCAUAUAUACCAAUAUGUGUGGGUAUUGCCAACGGAAUUGUGUUCUUUACCGGUAUCAUUGGCAACAGUUUGGUGAUGUUGGUGGUGUGCCGCGUCAAAGAGAUGAGGUCUUCUACUAAUUACUUCCUAAUCAGCCUAAGUGCUGCUGACGCCCUUGUGCUUUUGAUUUGCCAGCCAAGCGCUAUUUUAGAGUUCUACGCUCAGGACAGAUGGCUUCUUGGUCCUCAAAUGUGCAAAUUGGUACCUUUCCUGGAGAAUGCUGUGGCCUACACAUCGAUCUUGACACUGCUGGUGAUAAGUAUAGAACGAUAUGUAGCAAUAUGUCACCCAUUUGCGGUGCACACAACCUUUACGGAGAAAAAGACGGCUAAAACAGUGUUCGCUGUAUGGGCGGCUGCCUUCGCUAUAUCUUUACCCUUUAUAGUCUUGACAGGAGAGGAAACAGCUAUAUUCCAUGACAAGUCCGUGGUGAAAGUAUGCAAGACGAGAAUACAGGAUUCCUGGCACCAUUUCUAUCUUCUCUUCACAGUCAUAAUGUUGUUUUUUGUGCCAAUGGCAGUGCUCAUCGCCCUGUACACGUGUAUAUUGCUCAAACUGCGCACUGAGAACAUGGAGAUAGGCCAGUGUAGCACUGAACGUCGUGACCGACGUCAAGUCGUGAUUAUCCUUAUCUCGGUCAUAGUGCUGUUUUUCGUGUGUUUGCUACCGGUGCGUGUCCUGACCCUAUGGAAGGUAUACACGUCCACGACUAACAUCGAGGCCCUCGGUCUGGAGGGUUACCUGAAUCUGAUCUGGUUUGUGAGGAUCAUGAUGUACAUAAACAGUGCUGGUAAUCCCAUCAUCUACAACAUGGUCUCAACCAAGUUCAGGACGGCUUUCGUUCGCUGUUUACCGUUCUUUAAGCGCGGCAGGAGGGGUUUCCGACGCAGUAGCAGUUUUCGGAGUUCUCAGCCUUCUUUUUCAUCGACGUACCUUAAGGAUUAUCGCGAUUUGGACGGAUUUGAGUCAAACCUCAUGGUCAGGGGGGACGGAAUGGGUGAGCAGGACACCAUCAGCGACAGGGAAUCCAGGGGCCUUUAG